AUGGUCUCAGUACCGACGAAGGUGGAUAGUAACAAUGGCCUCCUCAUACGAACAGCGGAAAAGCGUAUCCCGUGUGAAAUUAAGAGCCAUUUCAACAACAUGUUGAUAUACCGUUAUUUAAGAGAUGGUGUGAAGAGUAAUAAUAGUAGUAAUAGUAGUAAUAAUAAUAGUAGUGGUGAUAUGUGUGUUAUUCCCACACACAAACGUCAUAGAGAUAUUGAAUAUAGAAGAGAAGUCUCUCUGGAAAGUUGCACUAGUCGAGUUCUCUCAUGUUUACCCUGUCAAGUCUUAACAGGAUACUGUGUGAUGUGGGUAGAGUCUGCGGUUUGUGUUUCCACCUUUGAUCCUCUAACAGCAUACACAAAGAGAAGAGGGCAUGAGGAGGAAAAUGCAUACAAGAAUAAUAACGAUAACCCCAACCAUAAUAAUAAUAAUAAUAAUAACCUUAAAAAAGGAAGAGGAAGAGAUGAAAAAGGAUCUGAGUAUCAUAAUGUACGACUCUUUAGUCUUCACAUUGUGGAUCAACGGGCUUAUCAACAUCCCAUGCAGUAUUCCUUUGCCCUUCAGUCUCUUUGUCAACCAGGACGACCACUACAACUCCAAUGCUAUCCAUAUCACAUGGUCCACUUUGGAUUACUCAUGCAUGCUAUUUGGAAUGCCCCUGAUGUUUUCUUUGAAAAAGAUAAAAGAGAAUCAUUUAAUAAAAUAAAACACCACACUACUAUAGAAUCUAAUACAGAUCUUCUUAAUACUACUACUAUUACUACUAAUACUACUAAUAAUAUUACUACUACUACUUCACGAGGGUUUCCACUAAUGACAAACGUAUCGAAUGAUGGGGUUCUUCUUCUUGGUCUCGGUGGAAACGUUAUUGGAAACUGUUUAGAUGUGGCCCUUUCUUCAGAUGUUCCUAUCGAUGUGGUAGAAAUAGAGCCAACUGUGCUGGAGAUAUGCCGAGCACACAAUCAACUACCACUGUGUGAAGUACAAGAUCAAAGAGAAGAUAAUAAACAACGACAAGAGUGGAUAGUUUCUCAAGCCCAUCACCGAUAUCCACACUAUCGUUUUAUUCUCACAGACGCCCGAACCUUUCUACAGGAUACGAAUAAAUACUAUAGUCUUAUCUUUCUCGACUGUUAUGAUCCUUCAAGAGAACGAAUGAUGCAUGAUUGUAAUCUUAUUGAUCUCUGUCAUGCACGUCUUAUUCCCGGUGGGGCUGUUAUUGUGAAUGCACACAUUUUACCAACAAGGGAAACACUAGAGGAGCAAUUUCUCUCACGUGGAUUUGCCACUGUACAGGUAUUACGAGUAGCGGGAUGUGAUCAGUGUAUAGUGGUAUGUUUGGCUCAUGAUAAGAAAACCCUAUCGAAUCAAGAUGUUGUAAAGGAGGAAAUGGAAAUAAAUGGAAAAUGGAAUCAUUUUUCUGUGCGGCAUGCACGUUUCUUAGCACGGCGACUUUUUGAUAUUUCAACAAGGUGUGAUAAUAUAAGCCGUGAGGGUUUUUGUUUGGAUGCGGGUUGGUUGAAGUCAUCACGAUGUUUGGAGGGACUUUCACAUCACACACGUGUGUGGGAACACUAUGAAUGA